AUACUCUCUGACGGUAUUCACACUACUUUCCUUCCUUCCUUCCUUCCUUCCUCACUCUGAUCUGCUGGUGUUUGUGUGUGUGUGUGUGAUGGGUGAAUUGGCUCCGGACCUGCAACAAUGCAUGAGAUUUAGUCCCUCGAACAAGAUGGCCAUCGACAUCUUGAUUUCAAAGAUCACUGGGAAUUGUAAAGGAAUUGACUUCAUUUUCGAAGCCGGGAAAUGCAACUUGGAGCCCUGGGAUCUGAAAAAUUUGUGCGUAGCCUGGUUAGAUUUAUGUGGCAUAACGAUGUAUCCAGAGUGGUGGUGCUUCUUGCUGCUGGAUCGGAUUGGGAAGGCAUUGAAAAGGGCAACCGAAUCUGGGUUUUGGAAAGUGACAGGUCAGCCGAUGAAAUUCAUGUCGGACUCGGGAUUAAUUGGCAAGAAAGACAUUUUGGUAUUCUAUAUGGGGCAUGGCAAAGAAGCCAAGAAAACAAAUUGGGUUAUGCAUCAAUACCUCGUAACCCUGAAUGAAUUCGAUGGCUCGCAUCCCGGUCAGAGCCCAUUUGUACUCUGUCGUUUAUCUUAUAAAGAUAAAGAGAGUGCCGUUGAAAACUUCAAUUCUGUUGGACUUGCUGUUCCAUCUGGACUUCCGGCAUUAGAAGUGCAAGCUACAAAAACGCUUGAGAAUUUUGGCAAAACAAUAUCUACCACUAUAACACCUGUAGAUUGUGAUGGCAAAAGUUUUAGCGCUCAUGCUGCAGAGAAUCAAGUCGGAGAACUUACAGCUACUGAGGAUGAUCUGCAGCAAGAUGAAGCAUCAGCAAUGAUCUAUGUUGAUUGUGAGAUUUUGGCCCCGUCACCUUCACUACAUAAUAACUCUGCAUUUUCAUUCCCUACCACAGCUAAAUCUUCUCUUGAAGAAUUAGAGUCUAGGCAAGCUUUGGCUUUGGUAUCUCCCUCAUCAGAAGAACAGUCUAACAAUUAUCUAGCAAAAUGUCAUCCUGAAGAAACUUUUGAUGGAACAAAUUUUAACACUACAACACUUAGUAAUUGUAACCAAAAUGGUUAUAAUGCUACGUCCAGUGAGUUGCAGGAGGGCUUUGGUUUUUCUGAUCUACUAAAGCCACUAGAUUGCAACUUGUUCUCGCCACUCACCUCGGAUAUGCAUAAUGGCAUGUCUUACUCUGUCAGCAACAAUCAUUGUGGGACGGAUUCUCUGUAUGGGGUCUUGAUGAAGGACAAUGGAUCAUACAGUGGGUCAGCUGUAAAAAUGGCCAAUGAACCGUUCCAGGAGGGCUUCAGUUUGUCUGAUCUACAAAAGCCACUAGAUUGCUACUUUUCCUCGCCACUCACAUCAGAUAUGCAUAUUGGCAUGUCUUACUCCGUCAACAAUGACUACAAUCAUUGUGGGACGUAUUCUCAGUAUGUCACGAAUGAGCUUCCCAAAUUUGGUUACAAGUUUUCGAAUUUGACAUCUGAUUAUCGUAGUGAGAACUUUCCUAAUACGUUUGACUGUCAAAAGAAUCUCCCUUUGGACUCGAUGAAGGACAAUGGAUCAUGCAGUGGUCUAGAUGCAAAAUUGGCCAACGCACUUUUGGAGUCAACAUUCCAAGGUUCUGGAGAGACCAGCAAAAGAAAAGCUUCAUCAGGGUUGCUAAAUCUGGAAUCCCACAUGGUACCAAUGGGAGGGUCUGCAAAUCAGAUCGUUGGAUCUGAUUGUAUUCCGAAGAAUUAUUGACAUUCUUCGCAGGAUGAGUCUUAACUAAAGGCUCAAUCCUAAAAUUCCAAAAUCUUGGUACUUAUGCAAGACAAUUAUUUCCCAACUAGUAUAUCCCAAACCUCCAACAUAUUUUAUUUUGCUCAGUUUCUAAUUCCCUUCCAUUUCCAACUCUAGUAUCCAAACACCAUAUCAACUCUUUUAUGAAGCCACUGCCAAUUCCAGGUUUUGACAUUGAACCAGAAUUCCAUGUGAAACCUCCUUGGAAGUUGUUCAAAAAGGUUUUCUCCUGGACAUGCAUUUCCCUCCAACCAAUUUCUAGAAACUUGCCUCUUUUUGAAUCUCACCCAAUGCAUAAUACUCAAAACAUACAAGAUUCAAAAUUCUAACAUUCCACCAAAACCUCCCAUGAGCCCAGACUUACAGUCUAAAACUCUUUUCAAUUGCCUGAACUUUUCCUAAGCCGCAAAUAACUCAAGCACAAACCUCAAUAGCCCAAACCCUUUUUAUCAUGCUGUACAGUCUCAGACUCGAAAAAAUACACCAGCCACACAAUCCAUAACCCAAAAGGCCUAGAAAAACCAAAUCUACCCAGCUAUAAGUUAUGUAGCUUGUAGCUACAACCAAAAAAUGAUACCACUUAUGAAACUUUAGCCAGAAUGGCCCUCAAGUUUCAUGGAUGAUGUCGUGCUGAAUGAUUAUCAGAACCAACUGAUAAUCAUAAGUAUGAUGACCCAUAUGAGAUCAUAUGGAUGUUACCGGAUAAUUAUCAUAACCGACUUAUAAUCAUAAGUAUGAUGCCCCAUAUGAAAUCAUAUGGGAUGUUACCAGAUAAUUAUCAGAACCGACUGGAACAGAGGUUCCAAAGGUUCUGAUAAUCAUAUGGUUGUUACCAAAUCAACGAGACAAGAUGUCUUAUAAUCUGGGAAAGAUCGUCUGCCUAUUUGCUCUGUAGUUUUUCUUGUUUAUCGACUUUCAAGAACUGUUCAAGACUUCAUGAAGUAUUCCCACAGCUAUAUUUGUGGUGGGGAGAAAAUGCAUCACCACAUAAGUGACUGUGGAAUUAGUAACCACGGAAGAUUGACAAAGACUUGUACUUUUAUUUAAGCUACUAUAUGAUUCCUGUAAGUAAUGUUUGCUUGUACUUUGACAAUGGAUACUUUGUAAAUAAUAUUGUGUUGUAUUAAAGGGUUUGGUAUCAGACUGAAAUGCUAUAGGUUGCCUUCCUACAGGAGUCUAGAAGCACUUAGAAGGAUACCAUUUCGUACAAGAGUUCUGAAACUUGUAUGCAGUUUGAAGAUUAGUUAGUAUGCAUAAUGAUAGAAGUUUUUGAACUGAUUUAUUUAGUG